AUGAUUGCUAAGCUCCUUCUUGCCGCCUCCCUCUUGUACGCUACUUACGCUGCCGACACAUGCAUUCACUGCAUCUGUCUCCACGAGUCCGGAUGCAAAGCGAUUGGCUGUGAAAUGGACGUCGGAUCUCUGUCCUGCGGUUAUUACCAGAUUAAACUGCCCUACUACGAGGAUUGCGGCACGCCUGGCCGCAAGAGCGGUGAAGACCUCACGACCGCAUGGAAGAGAUGCGCCGACGACUACACCUGCUCCACUCAAUGCGUCAACGCGCCUACGUCAACCAGCUACAAGGUGGCAUGCCCAUACACUGGCGAUGGGAACUUGCACAUGGCUCGUCUUCACAACGGAGGACCAUCAGGAUGCAAGAUUUCUGGCACUGAACAGUACUGGAAUGCUAUCAAGAAAUGCUGCUCAUGCACAUAA